GAGUUUUUGUGUGUCAAGCUCAUCAGUUUCAUUGGAGGUGUGAUUUUGGGGAUUGAACAAAUUGUCUGUUAUGUAGAUUACUACUGUGACGCUGCUGUGACCUCUAAAUGGUAUCUGGUAGAAACUUAUCGGUAGCAGAUUUCUCUACAAUAUCUAAUGUAAAUGUGUAGAUUGUUUAUGUAGCCAGGCGGCAGAGUGCAUCGUCAGGCAGGACACACAGCGGUGGCUUGGUACUCUGUAGCUGUAUUUAGUUAUGUGAGUGUGUGUGUGUGUGUGUGCGAUGCCUGCUAGCCAUUAUGGAUCCUCAGCAGCCUGUUUUUAGCUUGAUGAAGAGGUUCUGUCCUUGUUUCAGCUUACUGCCACUGCCAAGUCAGGACUGGAGCAAAAAUGAUGAGAGGCUCCUGCAGGCUGUCGAGCAAAAUGAACCAGACAAAGUCUCCGCUCUCAUCGCCAAAAAAGGUCUCUGCCCUACCAAGCUGGACGCUGAGGGCAAGUCAGCGUUCCACCUCUCUGCAUCCCGAGGCCGGCUAGACUGUCUGGAGGUCAUCAUCUCAUAUGGAGCAGACCUCAACGUCACUGAUGGGGCUGGAUGCAGCGCCCUUCACCUCGCAGCCAAAAACGGCCAUUCAGAGUGUUUAAAGAGACUCUUACAGGAGAGAUUAGCAGUAGAUUGCACAGACAGCAUUGGUAGGACGCCGCUUCAUCAUGCAGCCAUCAGUGGCUGCUUGUCCUGCACUGAGACCCUGUGGGACUUUAAAGCCGAUCUGGAUGUACAGGAUGGGGAUGGGGCUACCCCUUUGAUUUUAGCAGCCCAGAUGAGCAGAGUGGAGCUGUGUGUCUUUCUGUUGGGUCGAGAUGCCAAUGCAAACAUACAAGACAACCAGGGAAGGUCUGCAUUGAUGCUGGCAUGUGAGAGUGACAGCGUUGAGACCGUGAAAGCUCUCCUAAGAGGUGGGGCCAACACACAGCUGGUCGACGCCCUCGGACACAGAGCCACCGACUACAGCAUCACCACGGGCAACCAACGCAUCAUGCAGAUGUUGCAGGACGGAGCACCUCCAGCUUCUGAGGGCGCAGACGAGGAGCCCCCCCAAAUCCCCUCAGGUGCCUCAUCAAUGCAAGGGGGCACUACCCCCCGCAAACGGAAAGCUCCUCCACCGCCCCGCUCUCCUCUCCAGAUCCAGGGUUUGCCACCCUCUCCACAGCCCCGGAGUUCUGCUCCACCUGCCCAGUCCCCUGAGCUCCAGUCCCUGUCUCCUUCUCCCUCUCCACGGCAAUCAGCCCAGCCAGAGGAUGAGGAGUUUGAGGUGUUUGAAGAGAUUCGACGGCUGCGUCUGGAGAGAGGCCGUCUGCUCCAGAAGAUCAAAGCUUUGGAGCAACAGCAACAGAGCGCUCUCUCUGCCUUGGAGGAGUUGUCCCAGCUAAAGCAGCGUCUAGAGGAGGCAGAGGCAGAGAGAGACAAGCUGCUCGAGGAGCUGAAGGGAGGCCAUAGUAUUGGGGCCAGUGACUCUGAUGACAUAGAUGAAAUGUUGGACUUCUCAGAGAAGCUGCUCUCCAAGCGCUCCAGAGCCUCCCAUUCCCAGGAUGAGGCCACUUCUCAAGCUGACGCUGACUCAGCCCACCCCUCUCCUGCCCCUGCAGACCCAGGAACUGUUGCUGAGCUGCGCAAACAAAUAGAGGAACUUACCUCACAAAACUCUGAGCUAGCUCUCAAAGUGCAGAUGCUGGAGAUGUUUGAGAAGGAUGACACAGACAUGCAGACCUCCAGCACGGACUUUGUCCCCAUAGUUCAGUACGACACCCUGAGGAAGGAGCUUGAAGCCCUUCAGGAGCGCUUCUCUCAGGCCCAGGCUUCAGACGAGGUCUCCAGUGUGGCAGAGAAGCGUGGCGAUGAGGAGUCUCAAGAACGAAGUGCAGAUGCAGAGAGUGUGGAGGCUCUGAAGGGGCAGCUGCGAGGCCUGGAGGACCAGUUGGCCUCCUCCCAGUCUGAGCUGGAGGAGCUGAAGGAGCAGAUGCGCCUUGGGGUGCUUUCUGUGGAGUGUGGGGAAGGGGAUACUGCCGCAGCAGGUGGUGGGGCUGAAGGUCUGAGCCAAGAAGCACAGCAGCUGAGAGCGAGGGUGACGGAGCUAGAGGAGGAGCUAGCUAAGACACAGGGUGAGGCAAGGGGUCAGAGUGGCCGGGACAGUGACACAAUCAAACAGCUGAAAGAGAAAGUAGAGGAACUCAACGCUGCUCUGGCCCAGAAAGACUCUACGAAACAAGAAGGGGAGAAAGACGGCGAAGGAGAAGAGACGGAAACGGUGAAGUGUCUCCGUGAUAAAGUGGCUGAGUUGGAGGCAGCCCUGGCAGAGAGCAGAACGUCAGUGAAAGAGGAAGGAGCAGCAGGAGAUGGAGAUCAGGUCCGUCGUCUCCAGGAGCGUUUGGGAGAGCUGGAGGGGGAGCUGAGAAAUUGUGUGCCCCGCUCGGAGUUAGAGGAGGUCCAGGUGACUCUCGGGCUCCAGUGUGAACAGCUGGCCAGGGAGAGGGUGGACGUGGCUAGAAGGCUCAACGAUGCUCUUCUGGAGCUGGAAAGACUCAGGCCUCCUGCAGGCGGAGAUGAGGAAGAGGAGGACGACGAGGAGGAGCAGUCAGAGAGCUCAGAGCCCUCAGUCUUAUCAGGGCAUUCCAGACGCUCCCUGGCAGCAAUGAGAGAAGAAUUGGAGGUGGCAAGGCAGGAAGCAGCACAGGCUCUGGACUGUCUGUGUGCCGAGCGGGAGGGCCGUGCACAGGAUGCCCUGCAGCUGAUAGACGCAGUGCCACUCUCAAAACAUAAGGAGGCACUGUCUGCAGUGUCAGAGCAACUAGCUCAGACACUGCAGGAGCUCCAGGAGGAGAGGACCCUUCGUGGUCAGGCUGAGGAGCAGGUUGCCAGACUAGAGGCUGAACAGCAGGCCAUGCAGGAUGCCAUACCCAAAGAGGAGCAUGAGAAAGUCAAGGCAGAGCUCCAGCUCUCCCUGCAGGCCAGUGAGAGUAAUGCAGCAGCAGCCCAGGAGGCUCUGAGUGAGAAGGAAAUGGAGCUGAGAGAGCUGAAAUCCCAGAAGGCUGCAGAACAGGGUCUGAUCUCCAAGGAGGACCACGAGGCCCUGCGGCUCUCUUUGCAGGCUGAGAUCAACGCCGCCACAGCCCGUUUCAACGAUCUCACUCGCAAACAUGAGAAGACCUGCACUGAGGUGUUCCAGGUACAGAGGGAGGCUCUCUUUAAUAAGAGUGAGCGACAGGUCGCAGAGUCCCAGCUGGCCACGGUGCAAAAACAGCUAGCUGAUUUGCAGGCCCAAUCCAGCCACAUCCAGGAGCUCCACAAGAACAUCCAGGAAUCCCAGGGCCUGGUCAAGGAGAAGGACCGCAAGAUAACAGACCUGUCCAAGGAGGUGUUUCGGCUAAAGGAGGCCCUGGGAGCUCUGUCACCUCCUCUGGGAAUCCGCUCCUCCUCACCUACCCAUCAUGGAAACCCUGGACAGCAAGUGGCACUGCAGAACAGGAUUGCCAUACUCAACCAGCAGCUCCAGGAUUGGGAGAGAAAGCACAAACAGGUGGUGGCUAUAUACCGUUCCCAUUUACUGGCAGCUGUACAGGUCAGUUCAAUCUGCAAAUACACAUCAGAGCACAGUUUAAGACUUGAACCUUUUGUUAUUAGAUGUAAAAUGGUAAUUUUAUUGAGGAUUUCCAUGUGUGUAUGUGUGCACUUAACGACUGUCUUAGCUAGUUCCUGAGUUUUUGGGGGGCCCCUUUCUCAGGAUGGAGCAAUGAAAUGUUCUAUGUGCCACUGGCUCAACAGCCACCUACAGACUGCACGGCUCUGACCGCUGCAUAUGAGUUUGUCCCCCUUUGUCUGGUAAGCAGAGAUGGUGGAUUCCCACUCUUUGUCUGCAACCCAAAGUGGUUGAAAUUUCAGAAGCGGUGCAGGGACAAGGAGCUUAACUUACCUUCUUGUUCAUCAUAUUCCACAGCUAAGGUGUACACAUUAGCUAUUUCUUUGUAGUGUUGGUUGUAAUGAGAGAUUGUUCAGGUGUCAUUGACCUUUAAGAUAACAGUUUGCUCCUUUUGCAAGGUAGAGGUUUUCCUAGCAUAUUGUUCCAGACCAGACAUGGGGCCCUCAUCUGAUCUGUUCUGAACGGUGCAUGUUUUGUGCUUGAACCUCUCAAGCCUCUGAGUGGAUAAAUCUAUUGAGCCUGUUUAAGGGGCUCUGCCUGUGCUCAAACAACCUUCAUUUUCUUACAUUG